GUCAGACACAGCCCACGAUCACGAUCGGUUAGUUAUUUCCCGAUCCCUCCCCACUACUCCAGCUGACAAUAAAAACUGAAGAAAAUCGACAUCAGAGCAAUGCAUCCUGCAGUGCCAUCCUCCCAAUGAGUGCCGCGCCAUCCCGCCCGCCUGUGGCCAUCAUGGACGAUCCUAUAUCCUCAGACGGUGAGAAGUUCUGCUCCCUCAACCAUGCCGAGCGGACCUUCAACAAGAUGCAAGUGUACCUGCAGCGCAAACAGCUGACGGAUGUGGUCUUGAAGGCGGGAGACGUGCGCAUCCCGGCACACAGGCUGGUCUUGUGUGCUGUGUCCGACUACUUUGCCGCCAUGUUCACGAAUGAUGUAGUAGAGGCAACAGCGGGGGAGGUUGAACUGAGGGACCUAGACCCUCAGGCACUGAAGGCUUGCAUUCAGUACAUCUAUACAGGAGAAAUUCUUCUCAAGGAGGAUAAUGUUGAGCAUCUACUGGCCACGGGUUGCAUCCUUCAGUUGUCUGAGGUGACGGAGGCCUGCUGUGGGUAUCUAGUCAAGCAACUUCAUCCCUCUAACUGUCUUGGAAUACGCUCCUUUGCUGACUCACAGAGCUGCCCUGAUCUCCACAGGGUCGCACACAACUACACAAUGGAGAACUUCUGCGAGGUGACAGUGAACCAGGAAUUUCUGAUGAUGAAUGCCAACGACGUCUGCGAGCUCUUCGCUAGUGACGACCUCAACGUCCCCAAUGAAGAGAUUGUCUACUAUGCCCUGCUGUCCUGGGCAAAUCACAACCUGUCCGAGCGAAAGAGGUACAUCGCCAACAUCAUGGCUCACAUACGACUACCACUACUCUCCCCUCAGUUCCUCAGUGACAUCAUUGACAACCCCCUCUUCCACGGUGAAGAGGAGUGCCAACGUCUCAUCUUUGAGGCCAUGAAGUACCACCUGCUACCGGAACGGCGCCCUCUCAUGCAAAGCGCACGCACAAGGCCACGCAAAUCAACCGUCGGGACGUUGUAUGCCGUGGGAGGAAUGGACAGCACUAAAGGAGCCACAAGCAUCGAGAAAUACGACCUACGCACCAACACCUGGACUCACAUCGGCAACAUGAGCGGCCGCAGGCUGCAGUUUGGAGUGGCCGUCUGUCAUGAUAAGCUCUUUGUAGUCGGAGGAAGAGACGGACUGAAGACCCUGAACACUGUGGAGUGUUACAAUCCAGCUGGGAAGUCCUGGAGUAUGCUGACUCCCAUGGGAACACAUCGACACGGACUGGGUGUCGGUAUGUUGGAGGGUCCUAUGUAUGCUGUGGGAGGGCAUGAUGGUUGGAGCUACCUGUCCUCUGUUGAGAGAUAUGAUCCACAGAGCAAGCAGUGGAGCUAUGUGGCAUCCAUGUCGUCCCCUCGCAGCACCGUAGGAGUAGCUGUGCUCGAUAGCAAACUUUAUGCCAUCGGCGGACGGGAUGGAAGUGCAUGUCUACGAACAGUGGAGGUGUAUGACCCUCACAUCAACCGCUGGACCAUGUGUUCUCCAAUGAGCAAGAGACGAGGGGGGCUUGGAGUGGCUGUGAGCAAUGGUUGCCUGUAUGCCAUCGGUGGGCAUGACACGCCUAGCCAGCAGUCAUCAAGGCAGUUUGAUUGCGUGGAGAGGUACGACCCUCGUUCAGAUCUGUGGUGCACCCUGGCCCCGAUGAGCCUGUGUCGGGAUGCAGUGGGCGUGGCAGUGCUUGGCAACCGCAUCUUUGCCGUGGGGGGUUAUGAUGGCCAGACGUAUCUCAACUCUGUAGAGUGCUAUGACCCAAUGUCCGGGGAAUGGAGCUUUGUGUCGCCAUUGAACACUGGUAGAGCUGGUGCAUGUGUGGUACACGUUCCCAUCACCUGAUGAAUAUUCAUAAGGUCAAAGGUAAACAAUAGAUAUUCAAGGUAACUACGUCAAAACCAUGUGCAUUAAGAUGGUCUUGUACUGAGAUUUGCUGUCUUUUUUCAGAAUAUGUUUCUUUACUUUUUGUGCAAAUGUAUGCAUGUAAGUACAAGACAGGGUUUGUUUCAGUCAACUUCAACAUAAAGUAUGUCAUAGAAAGUUUUGUGGCAUAAGUAUCAAUAUUUUUGAAACAGCAUCGGAAAAUCUUUAAAGAGUUGCGAUAUGGCUGUCACUUUAUACAUUAUACUCAAAUACAAUGCCGUCAAAAGGGCAAAAGAAGGAAGCUCACACUGUUUUCUAUUUUGUCACACAAUAUUGAUACAUAAGCCAUCUUCAAACAACUUGUAGUGCUGCCUAUAUGCUGCCUAUCUUUAAAGUGUGAUGAGUCACAUGUUCCAAACUGCCAAAUACAUGUAUUUUCCAUCCUUCCCAGUCUUCCUGAUUGUCUUCCCUUACCAAUGGUUGACAAAUAGUAACUACUUUAAUCCAGUUUAAGGUUUAAGCCAAUGCACUUAUUACACCUUGUCUAUUUUUUAAACUGGAUUAAAGUGAUUGAAUUUAACCCGUUAACCAAAUCCCAUUUCAUGUCGGAAACUCGUUUAACUUUUGUAGGAAGCAUUCCUUGGCGUCAGACUUGGUGAUUGAGUGACGUAAAAUGGUUUGAGCAUUCCCAGACAUUUUUGUAUUUAUUCUUCACUCUGCAUAGUUUUGAUAGACAUUAUUACCAUAGAUUCCUGUAUUUUGAACCAUGCAUUUUCCCAAAGUCCAUUUGAAAAGUGAUUUUUCCUAAACAAAUUUUUGCCCCAAAAUCCAUUCUCAUAUUUUCCACAGAUUAAAUGUAAGAGCAUGGAUAACAUGAUUCUUUUUAGAUGUUUGUACCGCACACAGAAAUGUUCCAACUCUGUACAUUAUUAAACUCAGUAAUUUUAUGCAUUUACAUAUAUAUCACAGGAGAUGCUGUUGGAAAAUUGUACUUUUUUGGGCUUAUUGGCUUGCAAAUGUCUGGCAUGACUUGUGUUGGCAAUGUGUAAUAUCUUCAGGUGGGGCUCUGUAGAGGUUGAGAUAUUGUGUUAAGAGUGUGCUUUCACGGGUUUGAUUGGAACUGGGUACCCACUGCUGUAACUGUGUAACUGUGAUCACUGAGUUGUGCUCAAAUGGGCCCUCAUGACCCAAGUUGCAUCCGCUAUUGUUUUUUUUUUCUUAUUGUUUCUUAUUGGGGAAACUGUGCAGUCACAUGGUACUUUGACAACUUUUGAUUGGAUCCCAUUAAAAUUGUAGGAGCAAGAUAUAAAGCUUCUGACAUUACACAAUUCCCCAGUAAACCUCCCUUGCUGCAUAGCCUGAGAAGCUUCCUGUUCUCUGAAUUAGAAUAAUCCACAAGAGUGGAUUUUAUCACAUUUUUUGAAUAACCUUAUUCAAGGGGAGGCCAUGUUUGAUUGUGUUCCCUGAAUCUGUCUUAUUCCAAGUAAUCUUUUGAAUGGAGUGGAGCCAGAGUAUCUUGGAUUCUGUGCCCCACUUUCAUUUUUUUUGGUAAAUAUUGCUUGAAAUAUUUAGAUAUAAUUAAUCACAAAUUUUUAAUUAUUUAUCAGCAGAAAGUAAACUGACAUCAAUUUGUAAUAAACUUUCAUUUCACCUUUUCUAUGUGGCCAACUCAUGAAUAAAGCCUAUUUGCAGACAGCUUUGAUGGAAGACCACAGGACUUCCAAACCUAUUUUCUAGGGCUUGGGCUAGAUCUUCAUCCAUUGGCAAUAUGCAGAGAGUAGCCACAGUCCCAGCUUCGCAAGCCAGUUUCAGGCUUCCAAAGUGGCCUUUCAGAUGGCCUAGGACUCCCCAGAUUGGAACUAGGUCCCAUUUUCAGUUGAGUGUUGGGUAUACGAGUUCCCAUCAAAGCCACAGUGUUUAAGGUAACAAGUGUACUGGUGCCGUGUAGUAUUAAGCAUUUUUCCGGUGUACAUGUGCAAUCAGUAUUGGAAGCAUUAACACACAGGGUAUAAGUGUUUGUGUCUUUUUUAUACAUUUCUCCAUUGCUGUCCUUUUAGCUGUUGUAUCUUUAAUAAUGAGUAAGAUCAAUUUUGGAGUAUAAAAGGCCACACCCAGCAACUGGCUUUGAAGUUUCUGUGCGUACAACCAUAAAGAAGGGGACUGUGUCCUUUCUCUAUGGUACAAGAAACUGCUCUUAUGGGGACCGUGUAAUGGGUACUCGUGUAAUGGGUUACUUAUGUUAUAGAUCCCAAUGUAAUGGGUACCUGGUGUCAAAGGUACCCAUGUCAUGGGUACUUGUGUCUAAAGUACCCAUGUCACCAAUAUCCAUGUCAGCAGUACCCAUAUUACCCAUGUCAUAGAUACUGGCGGCAGAAACCAAAUCUAUAAGGACUGUGCCAUGUAGAAACAAAUAUUGUACAAGGAAUAGACAGGAACUGAAGGUGAAAUUCCAGUCAGUUGCUCUGGGAUUACAAACUGCAAAGUGGUGUGACAAGUGGUGUGCAGGGCUGUGGGUGUGGAGGGGCGGGUAUCAGGUUGUUGCCCUGACCUGUCUGCUUUAAAUGUCAUGCUACCUAACUGUGUUUGUAAGGUGUGUUGCAUUUUAAGCAAGAAUUAUGGUGUAUUUCUCUUGGUUGAGGUCGUUUGUUUCCAUUGGUUACUUUCAAACAAUGCAGUAAGUGUCAGUUUUGGUUUUAUACUAUUAGUGCUAAAGCCCGCCUUAUUAUAAGAUUGUGAUAUUUAUUAAAGGCAUUUUGUUACUGCAAAGCCAUAGAUAAUAAGUAAGUUUUAAAUUCUGUCGGUGGUUCUUUGAGAUCCCUUGUAUUUACUUUUUAUCGUUGUUUAAAAUAAUUUUUCAUCUACUGUAUAUCCAUUUCAACUCGAGAUAUCUACAUAUUACUUAAUUCAUUCAGAUUUCAAUAUUAAUUCAAUGUAUAUUCUUUUGGGUUAUUUUUUUUUCCAGUUUUCAUUAUACGCCAUUGCCGGAACAUUGCCAAAGUUGAAAUGUUUGUUUACUCAUUGUAUUGUGAUAUUAUAUAUUUAUGUAUGUGUUAUUAAGACAUUCAAUCACAGCUUAUGUUUCACUCACAUAUUUUCUUUGGAAUGUUAAUGAGCCUAAUUACUGGAAAAUUGAAUGGAUGAUUGGUUGUACCAAAAAAAAUUGUUCAGAAAAGCUGUAAAAUUGAUAUCAUGGGAAUAAAAAAGUACUUACAAGUAUAUCAAGACGUCACACAUACAUCGAACAUAAAAGAUUUGUUUCGUAUAUUUGGCUUCAUCUCACUUGAAAUCUUAAAGUGUUUUGUUAACGAAUUUUUCAGACGCGGGCUCUUACACUGUUAAUGGCCACAUUUUAUGCCAGCCGGCUGAGUAAAACAGGAAUACCUUUGAAUAGCUUCAUUAUGACAUUAUGUGUGAUUAUUAUCCAUUUCGUACAAUUACGAGGUUCCUCCUGGCAAACUUUAUGAAAAGGUCAGAGUUUUUCGUAAGCUAGAACAUUUCGUCAUUGACUGAACAAAUUGAACUAUAAACGUUGGCUAAGUUUGAUGGUUUCAUAAAGGGCAUAUUAAAGAGAGAUUUCGACGUGA